AUGGCGGUUAUGGGCACAGAGCCAGACGCAGGGGUCGUGGCCAUCCACCUCUCCCGGGAGGAUGCCGACUUCCUGCCGAGCCUGCUGGCCGUCAGCCGCGCAGGCGCGCGAUGCGUGCUGCUCAGCAAGGACCUACCGGACGCAGAGCUGCAGCGUUCAAGAAACGACUUCGCCAUCAAGACUUUGCAGCCGUGGCUGGUGAUUGGCGAUGGCCCGGACGCUGUCCUCCCAGCAGCUCUAGCAGCAGAGGCAGCAAGCUUGAAUGGCCUGGGGCAACAACAUCCAACGGAUCCGGGGGUGCUGUGCUACAUGUUCACGGGCGGCACCUUCCGCACAAAAGUGGUUGCGGUGACGCACCGGAUGUUCAUCCACGAGCGAAAGUCCUAUUGGGAGAUCUGGGCCCCCAGGCACACGGCGGUGGUGCUGGCGCACACCAGUGUCUACUGGGCCGCCUCCGCCCUGGGGCAGCUCAGCAUCGCCUUGGCCUACGGCGGCACGGCGGUCCUCACCGAAAUCGCGGACAUUGCCAAGCUGCAGCGCUGUGUUGCAGAGGAGAAAGUCAAUGUUCUGGGCGUGGUGCCGGAGCACCUCGAUCUUUUAGCGCCACGACCACAGGACUUCCCGGAGGUGGAGAUGAUUUUCACCUGGGGCGAGCGGCUGCCUCACCAGCUGGCGCAGAGGUGGCGGGGCCACGGCGCUUUGCUGCGUGAGCUGUUGAUCUCCACCGAGUACUGGCUCUGCUGCUGGGCGGACCCAUUGGCAGAUGGCCUGCUGCGACCUGUGCAAGCGGCACAGCUGCUGGUGCUCACAGAUGCAGGUCAAGAUGCGGCCGAGGGCGAACUGGGUUUGCUGUGCAUCGCUGGGCCUAUGGUCAUGGCCGGGUACACGGGCGGUGAGGACGCUUUCCGCACGAUCAACGGGCAGCGGUACUUCUGCACCAGUGACUUGGUGCGGCGCGUCGGCGGAGGCAUUGUCUUCAAGGGCCGUGCUGACAUGAUGGCGAAGUCGGCUGGCAAGUGGGUGGAUAUGACAGAAGUGGAGGAUGCCGUUGGCCGAGUCCCCGGGGUGCUUGCGGUCAAAAUCAUUGCCGAUAGCUCCACUGAGCAGUUCCACUUGUUUGCUUCCCUGGCGCCGGAUGGUGUCACCAACACGCUGGACGCCGUGCGGAGCGGCCUCCCGCCCAAGGUGCAGGUAUGGGUGAUCCCCGAGCUACCACGCCACCCAGUGACGCGCAAGGUGGACUUGGCGCAGCUGCGGCACUUGGCUCGGCCGCCGGAGGCCUCCUGGCCGCUGGAGCCCGGAGCUGGAAAGCCUGAGCUUCGGUCGCGUCUGUGGGAGCACGCUCGGAGCCAGGCUUUGUGGACGCUGGCGGCCGUUGGGACCACCUGGGUGUGUGCAUGCCCCCAGAGUCAGCUUGCCAGCCAGCUCGGGGGCACCAUUGCCUGGCUGGGCGCGCUGCGGCUGCUGCCGGGCCUUUGGCCGCGGCUGGGCGUCACGGCCGUGUGGCUGCUGACGAGCUUCAACAAGGCCCUGGUUGGGCGCUACCUCGUCUCCUCCGCCUGCCUCAUCUACAGCUGGCUAGCGCUGACGCUGGCAGAUGACGCGCGGCAGCGGGACGUGGCCUGGGGGCUCCGGAUCUUCAGAAUUGUCGAUGUGCUGCCUCUCUGGAAGUUUGGCUUCUUCAUCAGCACGGCGCUCCUUCGGCAUCUGCCGUUUGCGGGCAUCAUCUUUGGGGGCAUCCUGGGUGCAGCGACAGCGGGUGGCUUAGCGGCAGCUGCUGGCAGAGGGCGGCUGCUGGCCUGGCCGGUGGUUUUCCUCCUGGGCAUUGGUCACCAGCUCCAAGUGGACUGCCGUGGGUGGAUGCACUGGGAGACCUGGCGAAGCCACGCGUCGCAGUUGCUAGCUGCCCUCCGCUGCUUGUGCACACGUCCCUCAACUCAAGAGUGGACCUCCUAUGAGAGAAGGACGCCCACAGAGCCGGAGGAGAAGCGUUGCGACUGUGGCGAAGUUCCGCAGCUGUGGCUGGGGCACAAGGUGCUUUGCGGCUCCUGCGCUGCGACCUUGGCAUGCUCGAGCAGGGACCAGGCGGCAGCAUUCCUGGAAGGCGUGGAUGAAGGAGAGGUGCUGGAGCCCCAGCCCAAGCGGGCGCGGCGGAAGGCGGACCAAUAUUUGGAUCGCAUGCAGAUCCUGCCGCAGCCAGCCGACCCGGCGGAGAUACAGAAGCUGGAGCAUUGGUGGUGGUACCACCACACUGGAGAGGAGAUCCACGAGCUCCCAGAUGAAGGCGUGCAGGAACAGCUUUGCCAGGAGGACAUCGACCUGAAUCCCACCGCUCAACUGCUAUGUACUGCUUUGGGAGAGGUGCAGCCCUUGCUGAAGCCUUUGCGCAUGUCCAGUGUCCUCCUGGGCUUGGACUCCCUGAGGAUCGCCCGCCUGGCCAACCUGCUGAGGAGCAAGUUUGGCUGCGUGCUGACGGCGCCCCAGAUCCGCAGCGCCCGCACCGUGGAGGAGCUGUGCCAGUUGCUGGAAGCGGCGGAGAAGGUUCCUGAAAGCUGCUGUGAAGACAUUGAGCAGGACGCUGGCAAAGAGUACGCUGUGUGGUUCUCACCGGGGCAAGUGUCGCCCAUGGGCCACUGGGUGCUGCGGAAGGACGGGCCUGUGCACCGUGCCGCCUUGACCUCCGCGGUGCAACGCCUUGUGCAGCGCCACAAGGCGCUGCGGCUGCAAAUGAACGACUGCGUCCGUUAUUUGAGCUUCGUUUUCGAUGCGGGCGUGCUCUUUACCAUGUAUGCACCCCUGCUGGAGGCCAGUGUGUGGCCGCUGCGGCUGCUGCGACGAUGUCUGAGUUAUGGCCUGGAGAGGGGCUGGCCGCGGGUGAAGGUCCACAGCCAGCGAGAGAUCUAUGGAAGCCGCAACCCGGAAGCACUGCCUCUUGAGACGAUUCAGAUCACUGAUGGCCAGGCGUACUUUGAAGCAGAGCUGAAGAGGCGAAGGUUCAACUUGAAGGGGCCUGUCGCCAUCACUGGCUACGAGCUCAUUUGCCACAUGGAAGGCACGUGGCUCUACGAGCGCUGGCGCGGCAACUUUGUGAUUUGCCCGGGCCAUGCAGAAGCUGUGCAGGGGCUGUCCUAUGUGGAUGCCGCUUCGGGCGAGUGGGGGCCACUGCUGAGCCCGCUGAGUGCCAAGUGGGAGCGGCCUCCCUACGGCUUCCCCGCGCUCUUCUUCGUGCCGCUCAGCAGCGGAGCCUCGCUCUGGCUCCGCUUGGAUUCCGCGGACAGCCUGCACGUCUGCUACCUGGAGCAGAAAGGGGGUAUGCAUCAUCUUGCAGCGAAGCGUGCGUCUGACAUUGCCGGAGAUCCCGUGGUUGUCAGUUUCAUCGGAAUUUGCAUGUUGCACGCCUUUGCAGACGGGAACUGCUACCUCCCCCUGGUGCAGGAUCUGAUGAGCUGCUACGAGGCACGGGCGAUGGGCGCGGAGGCGCCCCGCCUUGCGCCCAUCGAGGAUGGGCUGGCGGAGCAGCAGCGGCGGCUCAGCGACUCCCUGAACCACAGGCCGUCGCCGACUCGCUGCUCCCUGCGGGGCGGGAUUUGGCGCUUCAAUGGUCGCGGCUACUCCCACAGCAUCGGCCUGCUCCCCUCCGCCGUGGCGGUGAUCUCGAAAGCGUCUGCCAGGUAUCGCCUGCCGCUGGACGUGGUGCUGCUGGGCCUGGUAGUUUGUGCCAUGGCUCAGGCGGACAGGAGCGACACCGUGGAGAUCACCCUCUACGCGCCCAUGAGAGAUGGCACUGGUGAAGCUAUGGCCGUGGGGCUGUUCUCCGACUGGCGGGAUCUGUUCCUGAGGGUUGACUUCCAGUUUGCCACGGUCCUGGGGACCGUGCUGCACUUGUACCACAAGAUUCAGCAUCGCCAAUGGACGGUCUACAACUGCCUGCGCAAGCCUGAGCGGCACGUCGUGAACGUCCAGCCGUUAGACUUCGAACGGAAGGGCGGGCUCAUGCACGUUGGUGAGAACUUGUGGCAUGGGGGCGAUCAGCUCAGCAGCCCCGAGAUUCGGGACUCCACAAUCUCGCACGUUCACCAGCCGCUGACCGUCGUGGUGGAGCAGCAGGACGAGGACAGCUGGUGGGUCCUGGUGUCGGCGGCCUACCCGGACCGGCCCACCCCAUGGAUGCGGCGCUUCGUGCAGGCCUUCCACGAGUGCACGCUGGACUUCCUGCAGAAGCCCACGGCUCGGGUGCACAGGAAGCUUCCAGACGACAAUGUUCUCCUUUCACUCUUUCGCCGGGAUGCUACGGACGCCGGUUUUAUGUAG